AUGCCCCGUAAGAACUUCCUGGCAUCGACCUGGUCUGCCCUUCGGAAAGUGCCACAACGCGCAGGUCAUGCAUUGCGUCUUGCUUUGAGAAAAGCAAAGCUCCAGAUACUACCUCAAUUGACAAAAUGGAAGGGACACAGAGAAGAGCCGAAGGUUGUCAUAUACAAGAAUCGCGGAAUUGUACUAUUAGACCUUUUGACUCACGUUGUGCCUCUUGGUGGUGUCUUGACGCUGCUGGUUUUGAACAUCAACACCUUGUUUGUUGGGAAUCUCUCGACCUCCCAGGUGACUGCCUUUCAAUUUGGGGCCAAGUUGCUGGAAUUGCUCAUGCAGGCUUCGCUAGCUGUCAUUGUGCUUGAUGCCAUCCGCUGGCAAAUGGUUCGGAAUCAAGACCUUCCGUUCGGUGGGCUCGUGGCCCCUUUGCGCAUUACGGACGUCUCGUAUCUCUGGUCUCUGGAGUUUUGGGGUUCCUUGACCUCGAAGAGCUGGCGAGGCUACCGCAAAGCAUAUUUGGGCCUUUUGAUCUUUGCCACAAUCGUCCUCGCCGCGCUGGUUGGUCCUUCUGGAGCAGUCGCCCUGAUCCCCCGUCAAAUCACGCAUUCCACUGGUCAAUAUCUGAAUAUUCUGAAUCCUCUCGAUAAACUCUUCCCUCACGAAGCCAGCUAUCUAGACACUGGAGACGCUUUCGAGCAAGGGAUCACGCAACUUGGCCAAUUCUACGGCCCUGAGCCAUACCGCUUCCUUGACUCGAAUGGUAUACGACUAUUCGGAACGCCAUCUGAUCUCGGUUUGCCCUGGUCUUUGGCGACUCUUCCUUCCCGUGACAUGUCGUCUGUUUUGCGGCAACAAAGUUCGAACCUGCAAACAGACUCGGCCUCUCCGUUCAAUAUCUUGACAAUGAAAACCUCUCAAGCUCUCGUUCAGGGUGCUUGUAACGAGAACGAUCUGUACGACUAUGACCAUAACGGGACAUACCUGUCCUUUCCGAGCUCGGAAGCACAACUGGAUCAUCUCGUCACAUGGGGUGAAACGCUGGGAAAUGUUACGGCUGACGGCACAAUUUUAUUCUUCACAAAUCUGCCCCCUUCUGCUCCUUCGCGGAGUUCAACUCUCAUGGUAUUUGGGAGCACGAAGCCCAUUGACCGAAGUUACGUGGCGACGGUUUACGCUUGCAUGAUCGAUGCGACGUGGACCAAUGUCACGCUAAAUACAUCCGCCGCCGACAGCAGCUAUAGUCAGAUCAACUACGUACUCGAGUCCCAUUACAACGGCAGCAUUCCGCAGGAGCAGAAAAUCGACCUUCCCCGUGCUUGGACUGAUCGCCUUCGAUCCACCAUUAUGGCCUCUCAGACCGUGCUUCAAUUUCUCACGGGUCAUAUUUCUCCACAUCAGAUAGUCGCUUUGGCGCUCGCAAACGGGGAUUACGCCUAUCUCGGGUACAACGGCCUGGUUCUCAGGCAGCACGAGGGUGAAGACUCCAAUACGCAGGCCCUUUACACAUAUUUGGACGAAAUUCAUGCUUGGAGCCAGUAUGACGGUGUCAUGAUUGACAUCGACCAGAAUGCUGCACUGACAAAUCCCUCUUCUCUCACUUACCAAGUGGUCUCUCAGUCGCAGCAAGGCUACGGUUACAAUGCCCAGGACAUCACUGUGCAGCUGUCACUCGCAGUGCUGGGCGUGUUCUGUGUUUUCGUCGCGACGCAUAUAUUUCUACUCCUCCUCACCGGCUACACGGGUACCAGUUGGGAUAGUAUCAGUGAAUUGCUUAUGCUGGGCUUGAUGAGCCGGAAGCCGGAAUACCUAGGGCCCCAUACCAGCGCGGGACUGGAGACCCUCAAUAUAUUCCGCGAGCCUGUCAGUGUCAAGGUGAACAAUGAGGGACACGUGGAACUGGUAUUUGAACAUGACACGGGCGGCAAAUUGGGGACGAAUGGGCCAGUAGUGGUCAACAAAGCUUAUUGA